UUUGGAAACGAAAACAUUGGCAUUGCACUCAUCAACCCGUGCCUAGAGCAGAGAUCGCGUCUAACGAGCUCGCAGAAAGCGAACUAGACAAGGGUCAUAAUUGAAUGUGGACUUAGUUUCUUGGGGCUUGCCAUACCUAUUCUAGAUCGUUCUAACCGACAGCGGAAGAGGCAACAAGCACAGAAUAGCUUGGAGACAUCCACAGGCCAUGGGACAAGCACAGAUACCUAGAAAGGAUGAUUGUACCCUGGAGGAGACUGCAUAGGAUUCUUAAGAUUCCGUAUCAUUAAAGAGGCUGCCUAAUUGCAUUCAGUCACCUCAAUGGCAGCUGCUGUACCGUCGCCCCUAGCUAGCAGCGUAGAGAAGACAAAUGGAGCCAAGCUGAGCAGACUUCUGAUAGAUGGCGGAACAACGGUUCUGAGGAACGCUUUUGAUAACUACUAUCCUCCUGCAAAUCUGGCUGCUGAUCUUAACGUGCAAUAUAAAACCCUGCUAAGCCUCCUGCGUCGACGAAUCCUCAAUAAAUGUCAAUGGGAAAAACUGUUCCCUUCUAGUGGAGCAAAGCCAGACUCCAACUCUUUCGACAUCACUCUUCUAUUCUUGCUUUUGACCACCAUUUGUGGACUAUCCCCUCCUCUUUCAGGUUGGCACACUAAGCCACCUCCAAGUGAAACCUCAUUUGAAGCAAAUCUUGCUCGCAUUAAGUUUUUCCGCAAUGAAUUGUAUGGUCAUGUGUCUUCCACUGGUGUUGAUACUCCAAUGUUCAAGGCCCUGUGGCAGGAACUUAGUGCUGUUCUUGUUGCUCUUGGGCUGGGUCAGGCGGAAAUUGAUAGAUUACAGGCAGAGUGCUUUGGAGAGGACGAUUACCUUGACGCGUUAAUUGACUGGGCUGCUAGUGAACAAGAAAUGAAGUCAGAGCUGAAAGAGAUGAAACGAGAUGUUAAGAAAGUACUUCAAACGCAGCUGGAAGAUCGCAAAACUCAACACGAAAGUAAUUUCAGGUUGGAGCAAGUGCAUGAGAUAGUGAACAAGACCAAUCAAGCCGUCAAUGAGGCCUGUCAGACCCAAGUAGAAGUCCACAGUUCACUUCAAGAUACUUUCUCAAAACUGGAUGAAAUUCAUCAAAUCGAAAACAAAACCCAUGACGCCCUAAAAGAAGUACGUCAGACCCAACUAGAAGACCACAAAACACUUCAGGAUGGCGUUUCCAUGUUAGAGGGAAUAUCCCAGACCCAAACCAAAACUCAGCAAGCCGUAGAAGACGUGCACGAAACUCUUGAGGCAGGUCUCCGAGAAGUAAAACAGGAGGUAGAGAACUUGAAGAAGAAGCGUGAGGUGGACGGAGCAGAUGAAUUGCUAAGAAACCUUGCUAAGUCCGAGUUCAAAGGAGACAUUGAAUACCAUGCAAAGAGAUUCCAGGAAGGAACCCGUGAAUGGGUCUUCAAAAGAGUUGACGACUGGCUAGAUGACCGAUCUUCCCCAAACCGAGUGAUGGUAAUAAGUGGAAGUGCAGGGAUGGGAAAAUCAGUUAUCUCUGCGAUCACAUGCAAACGAAUGCAAGAGGCUGGUAGACUUUCAGGGAGCCACUUUUGUCAGCAUAACAAUGUACGUUACAGGAAACCUCAGCUAAUGCUUCAGUCCUUGGCCUGUCAUCUCAGUCGCGCUCUACCAGAGUACAAGAAAUCUCUCGUGGAACAGCUGUCAAGAAAUCUGGGCCCGGUAGACCUCAACAACAUGGGCGUGGAAGACCUAUUCGCGUUACUUUUCAAAGAACCACUUAACAUUGUAGAAGACCCGGGAAGAAAUACCCUAAUGGUGAUAGAUGGACUGGACGAGAGUGAGUAUCAAGGACGUAAUGAGCUUCUCGAUGUGAUUGCAAAUCAGUUCUCCAGGCUUCCUCAAUGGAUUCGAUUUUUUGUGACAACCCGAUCAGAAAUUAACAUCGCAGACAGCCUGAAGCAUUUGCAGCCCAUACAUCUUGAUGAAAAUCAGGAAGAGAACUUGAGAGACAUUCGGUUUUUCUUUGAAAUGCGGCUGAGUCCCAAGAUUGCGGAAAAGCAAAAAGAUCUUCUUUACACGAAACUGGUUGAGAAGUCUGAAGGCGUUUUUCUUUAUGCUUAUUUCCUGGUAGAUCACAUCCAAGAGAAUAAUGUUCCACUUCUCACCCUUGAGCAGCUAGAGAGCAUUUUACCGUUGGGUAUUUCGUCCGUUUAUCUUUCCCAUUUCAAACGGUUAGAGAAUGAACUUCGCAAAGAGCUGAAGAUGGACGAAGACCAAGUAAUGAAGUUUUUGUGUGCCUUUACCGUUUCAAGAGAACCAAUGCCAAUAGCGUUUGUUUCAAGACUAUUAAACCCUGGUGGAAAGUCGUUGUCUGCUCAACGAAGAAUAAACAGAGCAAUCGCCUGCAUCUCUUCCCUUUUACCGAUUCGCAAUGAUUGUCUUCACUUUUUCCACAAAUCGAUCAAAGACUGGUUGACGAACACCUUGUGCUAUGGACGACAUGAUUUCAUCGUGGACGAGAAGGAAGGCCACGAGAUUCUCUUCGAACUUUGCAGGAAUGAGCUUGACAAUAUCAAGCGAAAGGCUGUACAUGAUUCCACCUUCAGUGACACUGAAAGGUACGCCUUGCAACAUGGUGUCCAGCACAUGAUUGAGCUGAUCGGAUUGGGUGAAAGUCCAAGACCUUGUAAUGUAGAAGAGCUGAUUAAUGCGUAUGUGACCGAUUUGGAGCUCAUUUAUGCCAAACUUUGUGUGAACAACACGGCUUCCUCUGAGGAUAUUUCCAGUGUUCAAAAGUACAUUAAGCCAACCUUGCUCAGUGAGCCAAGUCAGUCUCUUUUAAUUUCUUUGAUAAAAGUGCUUAGAAAACACUCUUAUUUGUUAAGAGAACAUCCCCUACUUUGGUUCCAAAGUGUGAUCAAUGACGGACCUCCUGAGCUAUCAUCUGAAGCCGCAACCAUCCUCGAAAACAGGCUUCCCACUGUGCCGUACUUUAAAUACUUAAACAAGAAAGAAGAAAAUGGAGCAGUUCAAGCCCGAUUUUACUGUUCAGACACGGUGGCGUGUUUUGAUGUUUCACCUCAAAUGGACUACAUGGUGUGCGAAUGCCGCGAUGGAACAAUCCACUUGUGGUCUCUCGAGACUGGUAACUUGGAAUGGAGCCGACCUUCGUUAAUUGAUAGAGAGUUUCAAUAUGUGCAUCCUAAAGGUGAUGUAGUUCGUGAUGGAGGCGCGUAUCGUAGAAUAAAUUCUAGAAUUCUGACAUUUUACCGUUCUGUGGUUUUUCAUCCAAGUGGUAUGUCUGUUCUACCGGGGACCCUCAGAAGUGCUUAUACUCUCGAAGGAGACUGCAAUUCCCUUUAUCCUGAUAGUAACUGCACAUUUUCACAUUGUGCUUUUCCUACAGACAAAAAAACCAUUUUGACAGACCGUUUUGAUGAUCCAAAGGAAGUUGUUUUGUGGAGUAUGGAAACUGGCCAAGAGCUAAGGCGCAUAGCUUGGAGUGAUGUUAUUACAUCUUUUGCUAUUUCCCAAGAUGGUUUACAAAUUGCUUUUGCUGACGUGACUGGUUCCAUCUACCUUGAUGUGGCUGAAGGACAAAGACAACAUUUGUUGAAGUGCGACGUGGCAUGUGGUAUGAUGCACUUCACACAAGACAACAAGGCCCUUGUCUGUGGUUACCUCUCUUAUAGGAUAGAAGACGGCAUCGGAUAUGGACAGUUUGGUUGGGUGUCUUACCGCAAUCCGGUGUUGAUCCUUCGUCGACUCAAAACUACCUUUCCACCUCCACGUGGAGUAGACUUCGUCUUGUGGCCCAUUGAACAAAAGAUCCAGGCUGGGGAAUAUGUUUUCGAUGACGGUUUACUCUUGGGCAGGGUAAAAAACGUGCACAGUGUUUUUCCAUCGUUAGAAACAGGAUUCUACAAAUGGCUUGAUAAUGGAACAGCAUUGGUUGGUAGCCCAUCGUUCAAGUACGUCGCGGCAAUUCAUGUUGGCUCGCUAAGUAAAGUGAAUUAUGCUUUCGCCAGACAAGUGGUCGAAAAAGUUGUAUUUUCUUCUGAAGGAGAUGUCAUUUAUUCCAUUACCUCAAAAGAUGAAGGUAGUGCCAGUGCGGUUCUAGUGACCGUAUUCCGAAUGUCAAGCCAAGAAAUCUUGGUGGAAAAGUCUUUCACUUGCCCAUCACUGUCGCUUGUCCCCGUGAAGGAAGGUGUUGUACUAUGUUUGAAGCAUAAAGUACCCGAGCUUUGGAAUUUUGAGCUGACCGAGUGUAUCCGACAAAUUCCCAAACUAAAGGGAACUGAAAAGCUUAUUCGUUUAUCAGAUGAGCUGAUAGCCUGUGAAUGGUACCGUCGUAUAAUAACACCUGAAGAAUUAUCAGAUUUUGGUUAUCCAUCAGAGAUAGAGGAUUCCCUGGAACUACGUGCGGAAGAUGACUCAAUUGAAGAAAACGAAGCUCUACAUCUCGCUAACUUCACCGAUGAAGAAACUUCAGACGAUUCAUCAACGACAGACUCUUCUGUAGAAUUCAGAGAUUUUGUGAUUAAAACAUUUAAUCGUUUAUUCCUUGCGCUUUUUGUGGACAUCGUCAACGUUACCAGUGGAGAGUGUGUUUCAUCUAUAAAGGCAAGGGUUUGCCCCAACGACGAUGCAUUUGUUUCAUGCAAUAGUCAGAACCAGCUGCUAGUUUGCAACUGCGAGGAAUUAGACGAUGACUUUUUUGAGGGGGAACAGUUAACCCUUAGUUUAAGAAACAACAACUCCUCUUCCUGUGUAUGGAAAAGAAAAGACGAGCGGUACGACACUCGUUCUUUUACGCCAUAUUUCAUGUUCUCCCCUGAUGGAGAAUUUGUAGUGACGUGGGCUUCCUUCAGUUCAGGCUAUGGAGUGCACAUUCUUGAUGCAAAAACUGGAGAAACACAACGCACCUUGCUCAAAGACCAAGAUGACAUUGUUGAUUGUAAGUUCGUUGUUAAUUGCGAGUCUCUGGUUUGCUGCAGUAAGGACAACUUCCUUCGAUUGUUUAACAUCAGGUCUGGUGAUCAACUCAGCGUGCUAGACAUUGAGGAGCAACCCUGCUGUUUAGGAGCCUGUUUGGACAAGCCUCUUGUCGCCAUUGGCUUAUGGGGCGCCAGAUUGAAAUUCGUGCAUGUCGAGUUGCCAGGUGUCCAGGACUCUGAAGGGAAGAAAGGUUCCCUUACCAAACAGAAGUGAACUGGAUCUGAUGCAUCCUGUACUUGUUACAGUCAGUUGCUGGAACGAGAUUACAAAGCAGCAGAGUGAUUUCCGGAACUCAUGGUGUGUUUCAGUGAUGCCAGUUGAGUCCGAGACUAUGAAACAUGUAGAACAUGUUCCUGUACAUUUUAGAUGGAAUUUUUCAAGGAACUUUGUAAAAUAAUUAACUACUUCGUAUAAUCUUUUUUUUUUUGGAAUAUCUAAGGAGCAAAGCUAUGUUAGGACGAUGUAGUACGGUUCAAUGGGCCAUAGUCUUAAGAACUUACAUGUAACGAAAAAACUUGUUGUCUAAGUCAUAUCUGAUACCCGAAGACGUGGAAAUGAAUUUUCUAUUUUUGUACAAGUCUAGUGAUUUUCAGCUCAAUUAAAACGAACGCAUUUGCUAGUAACAGUAUCUGAAUUGGUUUUAAAUGUAUACGCACAAGCACUGGGAUCAUAAGAGCCAACCUUAUCAUCUCAAUCCUAUGAAGUGUUCUCAUUAGAUUACAUAGCGUGAUAAUAUCAGGGUACCGAAUAGUGGUACGUUUUGAUUUUGACCUCGGGAGUUAGUCUUAUUUAAACCAGGAGAAUAAACGAAUAUCGGAUACAGGA